AUGGCGAUUAUCAUUGCAUGCACCCUUAUCAUUAUCUUAGCCAGCGUCUGGAUAGUGAAACAACGAUAUCAGGCCACAAGGCGGUUGCCAUUACCGCCCGGACCACCUGGACGUCGGCUAUUGGGAAAUACAAUGCCAAAGUCAUAUGCACCGUUUCAAUUCGCGAGAUGGACAGAACAAUAUGGACCUAUGUUCUCGCUCAAACAAGGCCAUAGGAUUUUCGUGAUUAUAGGACGUCAGCAGGCUGCAGUGGAUAUCAUGGAAAAAGAGGGAGCAAAUCUUGCCAACCGCCCGCGUUCUAUUGCAGCGCAAGAGACGUUGACUGACAGGUUGGGACUGCUCCUUGAGGGCUCUGGUGAAAUAUUUCGCCGGUUGCGCUGGGUCUUGCAUGCAGGCUUGCAACCCAAGGUUGCGGAGACUUAUGAGCCCAUCCAGACGGGACAUUCGAAGAAUCUGGUUCUGGAUAUCUUAAAUGAUCCAAACAACCACCAAGGUCAUGCCAUGCGUUAUUCAGCUUCCGUGGUCAUGUCCUUCACCUAUGGAAAAAUUACUCCGACUUCAUAUACAGAUCCUGAAGUUGUUGCCGUCAAUAAGAGUCUUGCGCGUUUUCAUCAAGUUAUCCGGCCGGGAGCAUACCUUCUGGAUACGUAUGCAAUCCUGCGUUUCGUCCCAGGCUACCUGAGUCAGCUGAAGGCAUGGCACAAAGAAGAACAUGCUCUAUAA